GGCUGCGUUUCUAAUCCAAACCUCUGGAGCUGGGAGAUAAAAAAAAAAAAAAAAAACACGUCCAGCCGAAACAAAAACCUCUCGGCGACGUUCACACCGAUUCAGCCCGUAUGUGCUGAGGUUACGUUAGCGAGCAGAUGACCCCGUGGUGAGCAGUUAUUUUGGGGGAAAAUGGAUCGACUCGCGCUUUGAGGGAUGAAAGAUCAUUUUUCUCCUUAACCCUUUCAAGUCCGAGAUCUGCAAACAAUCGAGCAGAAGAUGAUGCGUCAGGUGACAAGCAGUGACUUCUGCAUGAAUAGCAGGCCGUCAUGCCUCGCAGAAGACAGCCACCAUCCGGCCUCCCACUUUGAACUGUGCACCUCCCAGCCCAACAAGUUCUACCCUCCUCCCCCUCCGUCGGCGCUCCAGAUGACGCUGGCCCCCAUGGCCUUGUCCACCCAUGGCCACAAGCCUAUGGUGUGCCAGAGACAGGAAAUGCUCGGGGUGGACGCCCGCUCGCCUGGGAAAGUACCCGGCAUUAAGAGCACUGAUCAAGCACCGGAUGACGGAAAGAAGAAGAACAAGGCUGUCGGGAAGACGGGCAGACGCGGGAGGCCUUUGGGAACCACCAAGCUAGCCGGGUACAGAACCAGCACGGGGCGACCCCUAGGUACAACUAGAGCUGCCGGGUUCAAGACGAGCCCCGGAAGGCCGCUGGGUACAACCAGAGCAGCGGGGUACAAGGUCAGCCCAGGUCGGCCUCCAGGCAGCAUCAAGGGCCUCUCACGUCUCAACAAACUGGCUUAUGGUAGCACCUGCAGCGGAGCAGCUUUUCCCUAUCCGAUACCACACAAAGAGAUCCUCUGUGAACCCUCCUGCAAAGAGAAGACAGCCAAUGAGUAGACGUUUGACUCUGUUUCUACUCGUCCUCCAAUAAGAGACGCAUGUGUACAGGUUUCCUGCCAGAUGCUGGGGGUGAUUGUGUGAUUUUUCCCAAUCUGCUGCGAGACAGACAGGAGGAGAUUUUCUAUCAUUCGUGUUGGUGUUAUCUGUGUGCCUGCCACCUGAUAAAAUACUGUUAGGUUUCAGUGCUGCAGCCAGAGAUCUAAAGUGAGUUGAGGGUUCAAUUUCACUUUUUCGGUGUCUGUGUACCAAGAAAAAAAGAAUGACAGUUGUUUAUUGAGCAAGGGGCUUUUAUCUUUCUUAUGGUAGUAGUGGUUUUCAUCAUACAUUUGAUUUUUGUUGUGCUUUAUGUAGCAUUUAAACGCUGUAGGAAAAAAAUCAUUUGAAGCAGAUUUAUUCUGCAAACAAAGGACAACAUGAGAAGAUAGUUAGCAACACUUGUGUGAAAUCUGCAUCAAACCAAUACCAACUUUACUUGAAAUACAUAUUAACUUAUGUUUCUGAACAUUUUUGUUCUUUAAACAAACACUCCCAAAGUAAGAAGGAAGGAGGAAGAGGGACACGCUGCAGCACUCUCCAUGAAACAGGAAGAUUUGCUGGAAAUUUAAAUAACAAAAUGGUAUAUUAUGUAGCACCUUUUUGUGUGUCACAUUUGAAAAAAAAGGGUAAUUUGACUCUUGAUUUAAACAUUUCAUUUAAAGAAUCAAGAGGGAGCUGUGUGUAGGGGAGGUGGGGGGUCUAGUGCCUUGCUCAGUGGCACUUGGAAGACAGAUGUACAGAUUAUCCUCCAGGCUGACAGCACCCCGAAAACUGAAAUCACAAUAAUCUUUUAAUCCAUCCUUUUCCACUCUGAUCAAGAUUCAUCACUAAACUCUCUCACUUUGUGAAUGUCACCUUGAGAAUGUCGACAAGUUAUGUGUGCAUGCAGAUCAUCAAAGUGACUGAAUCAACAUGCAGAAUGUUGUGACUAAUAACACUGUUAUCAAGGACUGUUGUUUGUCUUUAUUGUUACAAAAGGUGUAAAACGACACAAACUGCGUUAACAUUAGCAGCAACUCAAUACCAGCUCCUGCUUCUUUCAAACCUACCAAACCCCCCAGAGUGUGGAACCUGGUCGUCCUGUUUGCUCUCAAACAUUCGGAUAGAGUGUUUUUAUAUUUGCAUGAUGCCUGAUUGCUCUCCAGUAAAGAAACAUUUGAGGUUUUUCAUCCACAUUUUAAAACGUCCUUUGAUUUUUUUUUUCCAGCUCUUAAUGGCCUGGGUUUCAUAUAAGGUUGCAACACACUAUUUCUACUUCUUUUUUGAAGUUAUUUUUUGGGACUUUUUGCCUUUAUUAGACAGCUGAACAGAGAGGAGAGAGUGGGGAUAUAACGGGCAGCAAAGUGUGGAGGUUAGAUUCAAACCCAAGGCCGCUCCAUUGAGGACUAAAGCCUCCGUACACUAUUUCUACUUCUAAAAGUGAAAUAAAACAUUUACUGGUAGUAACUCACUUGUCCCAACACAAGCUGAGGAACUCUACUUGUAAAAAAUCUGAUCUUAAAUCAGUUCCAUUUAAGUUCAGUUCAGGAUAUUUCUCUCCUUUUGGUUUUAGAGUUUCUUCUCGAAAGGUUUGUUUUCUGUCAUUUUGUGAUUGUUUUUCAAUCAAACAAAAUAUGGCAAAAGUCCUUCAACAAAAUCUUGCCUGAUGAGGCCAGUAAACAUAUUGAGGGGAUUUAAACCUUGCUUUACCUAGUUGCUUUACCUUGUUGCUUUACCUAUAACUUUGUUUAGUUGUAGGGAGGCUUUGUUACCCUGAGUAAUACUGUGUCAUUAUUAUACCCCAAACCAGCAUCAUGUGGUGUAAACAAGGGCAGAUGUUUUGCUUAACAAAAUGAGAAUUAAGAAAAGGAGCAGAUUGAUGUUAAAAAUAUCCUGUUUGUAAAGAAUGUGCUGCUGAAUGCACUGACUGGAACUGAUGAGGCAGUUCACCUUGUACUGAAAGCAUUUCUUUGAUGUGGUGUUUGUGUGCCAACAGUUUCCCCAACUUAAGCCUCAAAUGUCUUAUUUUUCAUUCUGCUCAUAGGUUUAAAAAAAGAUAGGCUACUUACAAUGUUUUGAUGAUAUUUCAAAGCUGAAUCAUAAGAGAAAGGAGAAAGGGCAAUUUGGUUUUCACAGUCUUCCCAGCCUGCAGGUUAUGAUCGGUGGGAAAUCUGCAGACAGGUGGCGCUGUUCCUUCAACAGAAAAUGUGAGUUAAAACGCAGACCAACAGAAGAGAAACAUCCUUUAAAAAUUGUUUGUUAGCAAAGAUUAUACUUAGUGGUAAGAAUGAGAUAAUUUUGUAUUUAGGAUUUAAUUUCUCUAGUUUCAACAUCUCAAAUGUAUCCUAAACAAGCUUUCAACUUUAGUUUCCUUCAUUAAAUGACUAAGUCUGAUAAUGUGUCUUUUGAUGUUGCUGUGGAUUAUGUUGGCACUUGAAUCUGACUGUUGAGGACGCUGAUUCUUUUUCAAAUGUGAAAGCAUGCCGUGCAAACCGGCUGAACAGAAAUGAUCAAACAGUUUGUCAGCAUGGUUGAUGUUAAAGCAGCGUAAAUAAUGUAGAUUACAUCAAGUCUGACAGGAUUUCAGUCCUUCAUAACUGAUUGGCUAUAUGACUAUGUGUCCAUUACUUAUAGUCAAGUUUCUAUUAUUUAAAGUCUGAAUCUAAAACCUUUCCUCUAUGAGUAUUCAUUUAGCAGUUUUAUUUGUAAAAGGACGUUUCAAACCCGGAGAGGAAAGACGCCGCUGAAGCUUCACUGAGUUGCUCUCUCGUUGAAAAAUGAUAAAAUUAGUACAGUUUGGUGCAAUAAUUUGAUGUGUGUAUUGUACUGUGAAAACUUUGAUACUAUCACUUUUUAUUAUGGCUGUAUUUUUAUACUUGUGUGUGCAAGGCCUUCUGCCACUUCUUGUUGUUGAUGUGUGCGGUGUUGACAGAGGUCACUGAAGUGUCACAGACAAACAUGGUUGUCACCCUCCUUUACCAAAGAAUAUGACGUCCUCUAACUAAUACACUGUUUGAUUUGAAAAGUGACGCUACGUCCCACAAAAUAACCAUAUACCGUGAGAGUUACUGUUUCACAUGUCAACAAAGAAGCACUUGGAGACCACUAUCCCAUAAAAGACGAUUGUAUGAGGGGGAAAAAAUGUUCACUUGUCACAUCUAAAGGGAUGAAAUGUCAGUUUCUUUGAAUGCAUUGUAAAUGAUACAUCGAUAAUGUAAAGUUACGUCAUUAUAUUUCAUAUUUAUAUCCAUAGUUCUCUUUUUGUAUAUCAUUUUGACACAGCCAUCUUUGAUAUUUGAUUGACAUGUGUUGUUGAGGGUUAGCUUACAUGUGUCACAUCCUGAAGGGUUUGUUCAGGAUCCACUCAAGUGAAGCCUGAGGGGUCAAACAUGCUGGUAUGCAUUGGAGGCAGGAGAGCACUUUUUUAUUACAAAAGACAUUUGAACAUGUCACAGUAGGACUAACACAGGUGUAAAUAAUGAGUAAACCAUGGCUGUACUCCAUUAAGCUGCUUCAGUUUAAGGCUAUUGUCACACUGUCGAUGUUAACAGUUACACCUGUGCUUCCCUUACAUAAAAAAAGUCAAAAUGUCUCGUGGAAAACACUUGGUGAUCAAAACUCUCUUUCUUUCCUGAGUUUUGAUGAAGCACUGACUUGUUGGAUUGUGACCCAAAGAGGAAGGCAUCAAAACUGGCACAGAGAUUAUUGGUGUGUGUAGAAGGUGGAUUAACUUUUUCCUUUUUUUUCUCUCCCAUAUUUCAAGUCAAACAUGAGAGACAGAAGGCACAGGAGUUGAUAGAUUAUAUCAUAGUUUCUUUUUUCUUUUUAUUCUUUAGACUAUUAUUUUCUCAAAUAUCCAGCAUUGAAUCAUCACAAGGUCUACUGUCUGUAGAUGAUGAUUCAAAAAAAAAAAAAACAUGACCUCACAUUUUGAGUGUUUUUAAGAAGCCUGGUAAUUCCUCAAGUAUGACUGGCUAAGCCUGUAAAGCUUUGUAUUACUCCCAUUUGAUUCCUGCAUGAUUGUUGUGGAAUGUUUCAAAGUUGUGUAAUAAAACUCAAAGUCACACAUGACCAUGA